ACUCGUGAGUUAUAUAACCUUAAUGAGCCUUAAUGUGACCCAAUAUCUAUACCAAGAUUCUUCCUAAUAAAGAAAAAUGAUUUUGUUUCUAGUCAAAACUACAAUGAACCAGGUUCUUUAAGUGGUUCAUGAUGAACCAAUUUUGUCAACAGUUGGAUUCAUCUGUAAUCUAUCCAAUCCACACUAGAUUUAUUUCUCCUCCGGCAACCUUUCCAAUUUCGACCACCAUCUGUCACUGUCAAGAUGUUGGAGAAGGCAAGGUCAAAAUCAGGCUUUACGAAGGGAGAGUUUCUCGGGGUCCACUUAGAGCAACGUGUUUGAUCUGGUGGCUUGCAUUUCGUGAUGAUGGAAAAUAUAGCGCCGCAGACUAUGCAAAAAUUGCAAGUGAAACGGUAUCGAGAGAUCGAGAAGGGUCAUCCUGGAAUCCCUUUGAACAAGGACUAACAACUAAAAGGAGACGAAAUUUUAUCAUAAAGAUGCUCCAAGGUGUCGUGAAGGGUCUAGCUUACUUGCAUGACCAUAAUAGAUUGCACCAGAGUCUAGGACCAUUUUCUGUGAUUCUCAUCACAAUUUCAGAAAGAGAAGGUUCUUAUUUGAUUCCAAGACUCCGAGAUCUAGCCUUUUCUGUUAAUGUCAGGUACACAGAACUAGAUGAUUCAGGACAAUUUACAGAGGGGCUUUGGAGAAGAGCAUCAGGUGCUGGUGCAUUCACACAAAUGGAGAAAAGAGCUUUUGGAAUAGCUGAUGACAUAUAUGAAGCAGGUCUUCUUUUUGCAUACAUGGCUUUUGUUCUAUUUUGUGAGGCUGGUGUAAUGGAUAGCCUUUCCUUGCAAAGGCUUUUGGAGAACAUUUUCCAACUUGAUCUUGAAGCAACACGAGAGUAUUGUCUGGCAGAUGACAGAUUAGUAAAUGCUGUCGAGUUCCUGGAUCUAGGUGCUGGUGCUGGUGCUGAGUUACUUCAGGCAAUGCUUAAUGCUGACUUUCGAAAAAGACCAACUGCCGAGGCUGUCCUCAAUCAUCGGUUUAUGACUGGGGCAGUCCUUUGAAUUUCAAGGUCAAAGAACAUUGUUGUGUGUGUCUUUUAUCAAUUUCACAUUACUUAUUUAGAAUUUUUUAUAUGGAAUAAUUUAUCGUCAUAUGUUAUUUAGAGAUUUUUAUUCUAUUUUGGAUGAUCUUAUUGCAGCUUAGAAUAGGAGUAAUUUGUUAGGGGGUCAAUAAAUAGACCUUUAAUGUAUAUAUUUGAGUAGUUUUUAUUAUUAUUAUCAUAUAAUAUUUUGAGUUU